AUGAACUCUGUUGUGGAAGGUGCAACUCUAAGCCCACCAUGCUUUGAGAUCAAUGGCUCUUGCUACAGAACUCUACACUCCUUUGGAAUCCAGUUGGCUGUCUACCUAGUCUGUGCCAUGGGGAUGUUCCUCACAGUACUAGGGAACCUGCUGGUGGUGAUUUCUGUCUCCCACUUCAAAACACUUCACACACCCACUAAUUUCUUACUACUUUCACUUGCCUUGGCAGAUCUCCUCCUAGGCUUAACAGUGCUGCCUUUCAGCAUGGUCCGUUCAGUGGAAGGCUGCUGGUACUUUGGGGAAGACUUCUGCCGGUUCCACACCUUUCUGGACACGCUCUUUUGCUUGACCUCAAUAUUCCACCUCUGCUUUAUAUCCAUUGACCGCCACUGUGCCAUCUGUGAUCCAUUGCUCUACCCUACCAAGUUCACCACCCGGGUUGCUUGCAUUUAUAUAGCAAUAGGCUGGGGCGUGCCUGUGGUUUAUACUUCCAUAUUCCUUUAUACCAAAGCAAUCGAGGAAGGAUUAGAGCAGUUCUUACAGGACGUGCCUUGCAUUGGUAGCUGCCAGCUGCUCUUCAAUAAACUCUGGGGAUGGAUAAACUUCCCAGUCUUCUUCUUCCCAUGCCUCAUAAUGAUAGGGUUGUAUGUCAAGAUAUUUAUUGUGGCAACCAGACAAGCCAGGCAGAUAAAUAACACGAAUAAGAUAAUUGGGUCUCAGACCCAAUUAGGAGCAACAAAGAGGGAAAGGAAGGCUGCUAAAACACUUGGAAUAGCUGUAGGAAUCUAUCUCCUGUGCUGGCUGCCUUUUACAAUAGACACCAUGGUGGACAGCCUGGUGAAUUUUAUUACCCCUCCUAGUGUGUUUGAUGUUCUUAUUUGGUUUGCUUAUUUCAAUUCUGCCUGCAACCCCUUGAUUUAUGUGUUUUCCUACCGAUGGUUUAGGAAAGCUGUAAAACUAGUCUUAACUCGUCAGGUCUUUUAUACAAGAACAUCUACCAUUGACUUGUUCAAGGAAUGA